AUGCCCAAGGUCCCGUCUUCCCGUCGUGUUCGUUCUGAGAACUCAACCCAGCAGCGUCAGUCUCGUGCUGACCGUAUCCGUCAGCAGGGGAACGAAAUGACUUUUCGUUGUAAGCGUUGCGAAGAGAAGAACCUUUAUUGUUUCGUAGACACUGCAACUGGCCGUUGCGCUAGUUGUAUUGCUAUAAAAGCGGAGUGUAGUCUUUUUGUGACUAAAGAAGAGUGGGAAAAGGUUGAGGCUAACAAGCGUUCCAAACGCUUGGCCCUCCUUCGAGCUAAGGCUGAAGUUGCGCGGCUUCGUCUAGAAGUCGCUGAGACUAAGGCUUUGGAGCGGUCUUACGCUGACCAUGAUCACGCCAUUCUGAGUCUCCAGGAUCGCGCGAAAGAGCAGGCUGAAGGGGACUCUGCCCCUGGUACGAGCCUUCCUGCUGUCGAACCAUCGCUACCCGGACCGUCGGCUGAUCUGGGCGGGUUACAGGCUGAUUAUUCUUUCGAUCCUUUUUCCCUUGAUUACUUCCUUUCCCUCGAGGAGCCGGUCCUCGCUUCUUCGGACGCUUCCGAUGGUAUUCUUGUACCAGUAACUCGCUGUUCGUCAAGUUUCCUUCAGGUUCCCAAGUGUUAUGGCUCUCGGGCCAUCCCUUCCACUUGA